UCUCUCUCUCUCUCUCUUACACUCUUCACGAGAUGAUGCGAAGAGGGGGAGGAGGACGACGACGAAGCAAACCCUAACUCAAACCCUAGCGAGGCCCCUCCCAUGGCGCUCCACCUCCUCCUCCUCCACCCCCACCUCGCUCCUUCUCUCCCCGCAAGGAUCGGCCCCGCAUCCUCCCCGGUCCCUCCCCUUCCUCUCGAUCGGAGAGGGUUGGGGUUCUCGAAUGGGGAAUUGAGGGCUAGGAAGCUGCUUCGCUCGACGCGGGGGUUCGCUAGGGUCAGGGCGACGGCGGAUGGAGGGGUGAGGAAGAUGAAUUUGAACGAGUACAUGGUGACGCUGGAGAAGCCGCUGGGGAUCAGGUUCGCGCUCUCCGUGGAUGGGAAGAUCUUCGUGCACGCUCUCAGGAGAGGGGGAAAUGCAGAGAAAUCACGAAUAAUUAUGGUUGGAGACACAUUAAAAAAGGCAAGCAAAACAUCAGGCGAAGGGUUCAUGGACAUCAAGGACUUAAGAGAUGCAGAGAUGUUGUUAAAGGAUACCCCAGGAUCUUUUAGUCUUGUACUGGAAAGACCAUUUUCUCCUUAUCCAAUCAAUCAAUUACAUUUACAUGGAGAAUAUCAUAGCUUAUUUAAUAGAGGGCGGGUCCCCCAAGCUACUUGGAAUAAAACCGUCUUGGCUCCAAAUCUGCAUCCAUCUUCCGAGGGGAGCGGGAAUUGUGGGUUUGCCGUAUUUUCUCCCAAGUUUUCAGGACAGCAAGGAUGGAUGCUUCUUGCAAGUGAGACAAGUGGAAACGGUGAUAACAAAGUCCUGGAAAAUGUGGGUACUUCUGGUAAACAAAUAAGUGAAAUUGUGAAUAUAUUUUCUGAGGAGGGGAAUGAAGAUGUUGACUGGGCUUAUGGUAGCUUCCCUCUAGAGGAGUAUAUUAAAGCACUUGAUCGAGCUAAAGGGGAAUUGUACUACAACCACUCACUUGGCAUGCAAUACAGCAAGGUUACUGAGCAAAUAUUUGUUGGAUCCUGCAUUCAAACAGAGAAAGAUGUGGAGAUAUUGUCAAAUUUCCUGGGGAUUAGUGCUGUUUUAAAUUUCCAGAGUGAAAGUGAGCGCGCGAACUGGGGAAUCAAUUCAGCGUCCAUCAAUGACUCUUGUCGUGAGAAUAACAUCCUGAUGGUUAACUACCCAAUAAGGGAGGUGGAUUCUAUGGACCUGAGAAAGAAACUCCCUUUCUGCGUAGGGCUUCUACUACGACUUCUAAGGAAGAACUAUCGAAUAUAUGUGACUUGUACCACUGGAUUUGAUAGAUCACCUGCAUGUGUUAUUGCUUAUUUACACUGGAUUCAAGAUACUUCUCUUCAAGCUGCCUAUAACUUUGUUACUGGUUUGCACUCUUGUAGACCUGACAGAGCAGCAAUCGUCUGGGCAACAUGGGAUCUCAUCGCCUUGGUGGAAAAUGAAAAGCGCGAUGGACCUCCAACACAUGCCGUGACCUUUGUUUGGAAUAAUGGUCGGGAGGGUGAUGAGGUACAAUUGAUUGGAGAUUUUAGUAACUGGAAAGACACUAUAAAGGCUGAUCAUAAGGGUGGGUCGAAACAUGAAGUUGAACUUAGACUACGGCAUGGAAAAUACCAUUAUAAAUUUAUAGUUGGUGGCCAAUGGAGGCACUCAACUGCGCUACCCACUGAAACAGAUGAACAGGGGAAUAUUAAUAACGUAAUAAGAGUUGGCGAUAUCGCUCGCAUUCGUCCUGCUCCUAGUCAGCUGCAUAUAAAGGAUCCGACGGUUGUGAAGGUCAUCGAGAGAUCGCUGACGGAGGACGAACGCUUCUUGUUGGCUUUUGCAGCACGUCGGAUGGCGUUCGCCAUCUGCCCCAUCAGACUGGCUCCGAAGUAAAGGAGAUGUUGCCGAAUAAUAAUCUGAAGAUAAAACUCUGCACAAUUGGCAGGUAACCUGCCGAAAGUCGACGAGACCUUAUCUUCUCACGGAAAAAUAAUUGUUGUGUAGCACCGAAAUAAAUGUCGAAUAUAGUGUGUGUUUAUGUAUUUAUUCAAGUGGAUGUUGCAUCUUGGAUCCUUACUAUCUAUCCAUGUAAAAAAGACCGAGAAUGAUGUUUGUUUAUUUAGUGAAGUUAAUUCAAAUGGAAGAUGCACACCCUUUCACUCUUUA